GUCGCGACACCUCGGCUUCGCGCCGCUGACUAUCCCGCAUUCUGGAGCUAUAAUGUUGUCGCAGAACAUCCUUAGUCUGUGCCAUGAGAGACAUCCUGGCCUUUGCCUACUUUGGCAGCAGAGCAUAAAAGGGCAAUGACAUCCUACGUGAAGCAGCAAUCAUGCAGCUCCUUCUCGCCUCUUCUCUUGCUCUCACAGCAUCAGCACAGAUCCUGUCUCUGCCAUUGACACGUCGUGCCGAACAAGGCGAUGUCGUCUCUAGCAUUCAGCAAGAGAUCGCCGUCCUCGAGCACAAGUAUGCAAACAGCGGCAUACUCAAGCGCAAGCGCGCGACCAAUGUUGCCAUUACAGGUGUCACCGAGCUUGCCAAUUACAACAUUGACCUGAUGUACCAGGUCGAGCUCAGCGUCGGUUCUGCUGGUCAGAAAGUGACUGUUCAGCUGGAUUCUGGAUCAAGUGACUUGUGGGUGGCUCAAAAAGGCUGCGUUCAAUGCAACGUUCAAGGUGCUUCUCUAUUUGACGGCAGCCAGUCUUCCACCUACAGCAACAGCGGCGAAGGAUUCCAGACUACUUACAGCAGUGCAGCUGUACGAUGCACAAAAGCAACCGACACAAUCAGCAUUGCUGGUCUUUCAGUCAGUGACGCCUCGUUUGGUGUCUGCGAUGCACAAGUCGGCAUGGCUUACCCUGCUUCGCUCGGUAUUAUGGGUCUUGGUUUCCAGGGCAACGCCAAGAGCGGUAGCAAGCCUUGGGUGCAGCAGGCGUACGAGCAAGGCGUCAUUGCCGCUCCUUCCUUCGCUGUCAAUUUGGCCUCAUCGCAAGGUGGUGCGACUGGCGGCAACCAGCUGACUUUGGGUGGCUACGACGAGACUGCCAUUUCUGGCGAUAUCAAUUGGUUGCAAGGUCAGUCUACCAAAUUCUGGUCAGUUGCACUUGACGCAGUUACUUUCAAUGGCCAAUCAGUUUUCAGUGCUGCUGGUGACCAGAUGCAGACCAUUCUUGACACCGGCUCGAGCUUGAUUACUGGUCCGCCUGCGGCAGUUCAGAUGCUCUACUCUACUGUAUCGGGUGCGCAGCAGGUGAAUGGUGGUUGGCAAUUUCCCUGUGCAAACGCCCCGUCUGUCAGCUUCAAGUUUGGCGGUCAAAGCUACAGCAUCCCUGCUGCAGACUUGAUCCGCGGCUACACAGAUGCUUCAAAACAGACUUGUCUUGGAGCCAUCAAUUCAGCUGUCAUUGCAAAUGAUGUCUCGAAGAAUGUCGGCUGGCUUCUCGGCGACGCUUUCCUCAAGAACGUCUACGCUAUCUUUGACAUGGGUGAGAACAAGGUCGGUCUCGCGAGCAAGUCUGGUUCUGUCUCAAAGUCUGGUGGUUUCACCAAAAUACCAAUGACUCAGGUCACAACCAACACGCCUGCUGGCAACUUUGCACCAACUGCCGGCUCUCCUCAGCAAGUUUCCCAGCAAAAGUUUCAGCUCAGCAGCAACGUGCCAAGCAUCAAAGCCAAUGUGCCUCAUGCCGCAGGUGUUCCUGUUGUCGCUGCGAAGAAGGCUCAAGCUCAAGCUCAAGCUCAAACACAAGCACCUGCUCCAGUCCAGGCAGAGGUGCAGCCCGAGCAACAAGUCGCAGCUCCAUCGACCACGGCACAAGCACUUGCUUCCACACAGACUGUUGCCCCUGUCACUCAAGCACAAUCGACGCUCGCAACAGUGGUAGCUCCGGUAGCAACCACUGCACAAGCUGCAACAACCUCUGCUGCCAGUGUUCGAUACCCAAGCACCUCAAGCACCUCAAGCACCUCAAGCACCUCAAGCGUUCAGACUCGCAUGACCUCUUCUACGUCGUCUGCUAGUGUUGUUGCGGCCCAGACAAGUGCUAGCGCAGUACCCGCCGCGUCUGUGCCGGUAUCAUCGGUGCCUGCUUCUGGUGCAGGUCUCAAAAUGUCCUUUUCAGUCUCGAACAUGCUGGUCAUGGCUCUUGGCAGUCUCCUUGUGAUUUAGAAGCGCUGGCAUUGGUAUAGAAUUUAGAUAGAAAUGACUCAUUUAUGAU